AUGGCUCAUGUCGCACUCACAUUGGGGCCGCUGUUGCUUGGGGGUUCCAUUGCACUCAUGUUGAGUGGAAUGGUGACAGUUCAGUGCAUCGUUUUCUACAAGCUCUAUCCAAACGAAAUUCGCCUCUGGAUUGGAAUGGUGUUCUUCAUCUGGGUUCUUGAUCUUUUGCACUCUAUAUUCAUCGUAAUCUCGCUUUUCGAUUAUUUCAUCACGUUCUUUGGAGAAGAAUCACGGACGGACUUCAUUCCUUGGUCUAUCGCGCUCUCCGUGGUUGUGACGGCCAUUACGACGCUCAUCGUCCAUAUGUAUUACGCUCAAAAGAUCUUCAAAUCAAGCACUAGAAAUUGGUGGAUUACCGCACCCGUUAUAAUCCUUGCAUUCUUGCGUCUCUUCGCAGCAUCGGUAUCCACCACAGAGAUGAUUCGUCUGCGCAGAUAUUCAGCCUUUAUGGAAACCUAUCCUGGGUGGGUCUUCACGACUGGCCUCUCUCUUUCUGCCAGCGUCGACUUCAUUAUCACAACAUUACUUUGCUACUUUUUGCGCAAGUUGCGCCAGCGGACUGCAUCGACGUUAAUGGCGCAUAUGGUGGACGUGCUGACGUUGUUCACUCUUGAAAACGGGCUGUUAACCUUCAUGACCGUUACGGCUUCUCUAAUCUGUUGGUUGACUAUGCCAAAUAAUCUCGUCUUCCUCGGCCUACAUUUCGUCAUCGGAAAACGUGCGCUCAUUCAUGUUGUCAGUUGUAAUAGGAAUGCUGAUCGUACGGGUAUGCCGACAGUCUACGCCAACUCGUGUCUAAUUUCGCUCAACACGCGUAAAGAACUCCGCGAAAUGAGAUGGGCCAAAAAUAAUGACUGGGGCCCAGCCCUACCAGUGCUGACGCCGGACGACUUCGGUGGUGCCAGGCUUCAGCAAGGACGAAGGAUUGGGCGAUCAUCAUCGACACUACUGCAGCAUGCUGCUUCAUCAAGUCGACUGACCUUUGAACCCAGUCCGGCUGUUUUCCCACUGGGAAUGCCCAGUUUUGCUCCGCUGCAGGUCAGCGUGGAACGCACCGUUACACGAAAUUCGGAGGACCUCAGGGAUGUCCUACAACGGGACUACUAUCAUGGGCAGCGAUACCAGUGGCAUCUUCCUGCAGCCCCACGCUAUACUACUGGUGGGGCUCAUACCCAAAACCCGUCUUCAGGCGUCGGAGCUUGA